AUGAGGAUCAAAUCUAAGCCAUCCAAAACGACAGUACUUCGAACCACAGUCCUUUCAAACAAAAAUGAAGUGAGUUCAUUAUUAUGAUCCCAAUCCAUAACAAGAUAGAAAAAGGGUAAAAAAUAUCAGUUAUCUUUUCGUAGCAAAAAUGUAAUUGCGAAACUGUAUGUUUAAAUCGCAACCUUUGAUUUGGGGAAAAUCGGCUAUUGGCCCAAUAUGCAUAGCUAAUGUUGCAAGAUUUUUUGACUAGCUAGUUUACAUGACAGCCAAAUUUUUUCCCGUUUGGAAAGAAUUGGCCAUAGUGCAUUUUCGGCCAUUCUGACACUGGCUAACCAAUCCAGAUGUUUUGGCUAGCCAUUAAAAAAUUCAUUCCUACUCUUUGGCGCCCAUUCAAACCUUUUGAAAGCCCAUUUUGACACUGACUGGCCGCUCCCGGUUUUUGGUUGACCAAACAAGAGAAUUUUUUUGGGCCAUCAUGUCAACUUGUUGGCUAGCUGGUCAAACGAAUUUGCAAUAUUGGCUAUACAUAUGGGGUCAAUACCAGAUCUGCCUCAAGUGAAGGUCAACCGUUUAAAUAGGUUACUUGCCCUUUUUCUUUAGAGAUGUCAUCAGAAUAUGUUGUAAGACUUGAAAUGCUUGUGGAUUUUUCCAAAUGACCUUUAUAAAUUAAUAUUAUAAUUAUUUUGAUUCAGGAAUCUCUCUUGUUGAAACGGGAGAAGUCGCUGGUGUUGGACUGUUCUUCACUCCUGCAACUAAGUAUGGUUUUAUUACUUUUGUAUUUAUUUUAAGGAGACCUUUACUGUAAGCUUUAUGCGGGCGGCAUCCCUUAUCCGGCUUUUGUGAGGAGAAGAUUCGGCCAAAAAAGGAAAGCAAACCAUAUUGGAAUUGACGCAUGGGCACAGGACUGCAAAGAUCAACUGCGGCACCAGUAUAAAGAAAAGUUUCUGGUUCAUGAAGACAAGGUUCAAGAGACGGGUGAAUACUUUUAUCUGGAUAUCUUCGAACCGAUUCUCCCGUUGAUUCCUGAUCAUUUAUAUAUGGAGUUCUGUCCUUUCACGGUUUGCGUUUUCAAAGACGGUACAUACGAAGUGGUAAGUUGUUUAAUUUUUUGAAAGUAUUAAACAGGGGCGCUACGACUUUUCGGGUCAGCGGCAGUCCGGGUCAACAAUACUAUGGAACGCGUCGGUUUGUCGUUGUAUUCAUGGGGGAGCUAGGAGAAGGCUUAGUUAUUAGAAAUAACAAGAUUUGUCUGGUUCUAGGAUAGCUUAUCAUCUAUUUUGAGGUAUUUUACAUGUUUUCACAAUGAUAAUAACUAGAUAAAAGUUAUUUUUGGGUAUCCACUCACCCUACGCCCCGUAUCGAUCAGUUUUGUGUUGACCCGAAAAGUCGGAACGAGUAUACAGAGUGUUUCAAGGGAUAUUGCAGAAAGCAUUUGCGAAUAUCUUUAUGCUCUUAACAUUUUUUUUUGUCGGGUAGGCGGAGAGACGAUUAUUCGGCGCGACAUUUGUCGCCUUUUUUGAAAAUUACAUCUCGUUACAAAGCCCAGACAUCUUAAUUACGGAUGACAUCGGGGUUGCUACAUUUGGUAGGAUGUAACCUGUUAGUUUCGAUAGCUUGGCGGAUGUUUCACAUAUUGGCGAAGGCUCGGCAGAGACUUUUACCGACGAAGGCCGUUUUGGGGGUUGUCUUUUGCGAAUCAGAUAAAAAAAUGUGCUUUCGUCAGAUAAACUUUUUUGGUUUAUCUUGCACUCAUUGCUCCCCCGGAGCAAGGGAAGCAAAUCGGACCUAAAAAAUCUGUCGUCUUUCAUAAAAGAUUGAAUUUAGCAGUGCUUUUGUCCAAUUUCCAUAUUUUUGAUAUUAAUUUUUAAAAUACCUCCGCGGAGAGGCCUCCGCCGAAUCCUCCUCCGGCCUUUCAACAUGAUAGAAAGAAAAAUUAAGGCAAGAUAAAUGGACUUUGAAGUGACUAGCAAAAAAUUCCUCAGCUUUCUUCCAAUCUGAUUUGCAAAAGUCAAGUCCCCAAAAGGCGUCAGUCGGUAAAAAAAAGUCUCCGCCGGGCCUUCGCCAAUGUGUGAAACAUCCGCCAACCUAUCGAGACUAACAGAUAACAUCCUACCAGAUGUAGCAAUCCUAAUUUCAUCCGUAGUUAACAUGUCUGGGCUUUGUAACAAGGUGUAAUUUUCAAAAAAGGCGAUUACCUAAAAAGUCCAGUCUCCCAACUUUUCAAAUGCAGUAAAACCGCGAAUAAGACUGUCAGAUUUACCUAAGCUCCUGCUAAGUCUAAACUUGUUGGUUUAGUAAUUUGGGGGUUCAGUCUCCAUACCUGUUCUAAAUUUUACUUAUUCCAGACAAGACUUCCGUCGUUCUUUCGAUGGACAAAUCAGAAAAGGGAAUGUCAAAUGUACAGUCAAGAAUUGUUUGUGAGAUCCAAACCCUGCGGGGGCGAUAUGUUUUUGGUUCUUAAGGGAGUUGCGUUUAACAUGGAAAAGACGUUUCAUGUUAAUGGACUAAGAAAACUGGCUGAGCUCAAUCCGGCGGGAAGUAAUUGUAAUCUUAAACUGGUAACUCUUCCAAGAUCGAUUAUAAUUAAGUAAGGUUUGAUAUUUAGGGUAGCUUUUAAAUCCAUAAUUUUAGCCUUGAAGAAGGUGUGAAGUGUAUGGAUACAACUAAAUUAUCUCCGACGGAAAUAUUGGAAUGCGGGCAAAAAUGGAAUGCUGUGGGUUUGAGUGUUAUAGUCCAUUCUCGGGGCCAGACUUGACGCGGUCGAGUCUUCCCCAGGGAAUAUUAUUUAGCACUGGAUAUGCGAGAGUAUUGAUGGGUUUUUGUUUAGCGUGAUCGGAGGGGCGAAGCCCUUAAUUAUCUGGUAAUGGAAUUGAGUAACGAAGAUCACAUUGUUUUCAAGUUGUCACGGGGGAGAGUAGAUCAGGUCAAGUCUAUCAAUGCCGUGAAUAAAGUUGCAGUGUCCAGGUAGGAGGUGGCGGAUUGCUACAUUGACUCAUUUAGAUACUUUUUUUUCUCCGGCCAAAAAGAAGUCUCCCCAUCUUCAAGUUCAGCUUCCAGCGGAUAUAGUUCUUUGUCCGAUUCGUCCGCCUGCAACGACAGAGCAUCGCUAACAGUAGAAUGUGAUGUGAAGAAUUCUUGUGUCAUAUGUGGUGCUGUCUUUCCAUCAGCAACUGAUCUCUUCUUCCACCUCGAAUUUAGGUAUGUUGAGAGAUGUUUUGUUAUUGGAGGUGUUUCAGAUACCCUAAGUUAUCAUUCGGAUACGAUCAUCUGAACCCCUCCGAAGUCACAAUUAAGCUGAACCCUUCGCGAAUUACAGAUUCAACAGCUGGGGAAACUGUGAACCUUUCAAGGUAAGAGCUAAAAUCAUUUUGCAAGAAUUUUUUUACAGGAAAAAUGUCGUUGCUGAAAGAUCCAGGUUCUUUGCAAAAGUGGGACUUGACAUGAAAAAAUCCAGGAAAAGAAAGAAUUUCAAUACAGUAACAAAAUAUAAUUUGCCAUUUAAUAUGCCGUCUUAUCAUUGCUUACCUGGAGAUUUGUACGGCGUCGAAACUCCAACGCAGUAUUUGAAUACUCUAAAUGCCAGAAGGAUAACCGAAUUUGGAGACGUGAAUGCUGAAGAGAAGGAUAUGAUGAUGAAAUGGAAUGCAUUCGUCAACAAAAGAGAGAAUCGUGUGGUGUCGGAAAAAACAGGGAGCCAAUUAAUGGUAAUAUAUUUGAAUUUUCUUAUUUAUAAUUUUUUAGAGAGCGUUCACGAGACAGCAUUCUUCUGAACUCUUGAGUAGUCGCGGAGUUCUCCAAUUUCUUUCACAUUGUUCAGUAAAGUAUAUGCGUCAUGAAGUGAACAAUGAGGCCAUAAAGGACUGCCUUCUUCAUAUCGUUGAAGAGUACGAAGCAUCAGGGAAGAAGAAUACUGCCAUUUCCAGAUCUUGCAAUGCAAACCGAUCUCGAAAAAUUAAAAGUCCCAACAAAAAGUAAGGCCGCAAGUGUCUUUGUAAAACGUUGUAAUUUAGUAUUCGGCCUGCGGUUUAA